GAUUGAUGUCUUGCAAUAGCAAGAAACAACGAGCUACAUAUAAACAGUGUUUAACAAGUCUCAUCCAGUGUUCCACCUCCAUAUAUCAAAGCUGAAGAAAACCACGGCCUAAAAUCACAGAUCCAUCGACAGAAAUUAACAAUGGCUCUAGAAGCCAUUUCUUCCAAUGAGCCCUUCAACUUCAUCAUCUAUGACACCAUCUCCGCAACCUCCUACAGCUGCCAAGACUCUCCGGCUGUGGCCGAGACCAGCUUCUUACUGGAGAACUGUGCCACUACUACUACUCCUACCAUGAAAGAGGCCGGAGCUCAAGAUCAGAAUCAAAGUGGUAUUGUAGCUUUAGAGAGUUGUACCACACUCGGAACUCGAAGCCGGAGCCUGACGUCUGUGACUCAACAGCAAGGGAGGAAGAAGAGGAAGCGAAAGCCGAGGGUUUGCAAGAACAAGGAAGAAGCCGAGACGCAGAGAAUGACUCACAUUGCUGUUGAGAGAAACCGCAGAAAGCAAAUGAAUGAGCAUCUCGCUAUUUUGCGCUCUCUCAUGCCUGAGUCUUAUGCUCAAAGGGGUGACCAAGCCUCUAUAGUGGGUGGUGCCAUAGAGUUUGUGAAGGAGCUUGAGCACCUUUUGCUGUCCCUUGAAGCUCAGAAGCUUCAACUUCUACAAAGCAAGGUUGUUAAUGAAGAUAGCAGUACUACUUCCAACUCCAAAGUUGUGCAGCCAAUUAUAACCCCAUUCUUACAAUUUUCGGGGUAUGAUAUUUCCCAAGGUCAGUCGUCUUGGUCUCAACAGCAGAGCCCUAACAAGUUCACAUCAAAAACCAAGGCAGACAUAGCUGAUAUUGAGGUCACAUUGAUUGAGACCCACGCAAACCUUCGAAUUGUGAUGCGAAGAAUUACCCCGAGACAGCUUUCAAAGUUGGUUGCAGGAGUUCAAACACUUCAACUUACCAUCCUUCAUCUCACUGUUAACACCAUCUACCCUUUUGUUCUCUACUCCAUUAGUGUCAAGAUUGAAGAAGGGUGCUUACUCACUUCAGUAGAUGACAUAGCAGCAGCAUUUUACCACAUGAUUAGAGUAAUUGAGGAAGAAGCUGCCUUUUGUUAAUAUAAGUGUUAUGACUUUUACCUGACUCAAUGCUCUAAUUAGGCUUAGCUAUAGGAGUGCCACCACUUUUUUUAAUUUCUGCAAUAAAGCUUCCCUUGUUUUUGUAUGUAGCUACAGUAGUAAAUAGGUUGAAAUUUCCUUCUGCUUUCCUUUUGGGUACAAGACAAUUUCUUAGGGUGCGGUUUCCAAGUUUCCUUAAUUUGCAAUUGAGUCCAAAAUCGCGUUAAUCUUGUAUCACUUUUUAUGAAAGACAACUUCAAUAACGUUCGAAGAGGGACAUUAUUUACGAUGA